CGCGCACGUGACUUCAUCACGUGUAUCACAGAAAUAGCGCAUGUCAAGUCAACGUCGUUACGUCUGUGAGCAACUUGUGUCUCACUGGUGCAGGCUCUCAGGCCGCCCUUCCUUCUUUAACUAUUCCCUGUUAACUUCCAAAAAAUGCUCCCAUGGAGCAAUUCCAGUGCGACGCCCUUGUCGCGACUUCUCUCCUUUAUCGUUACUUUGUUCUCCUUUCUACCACACAUAUCAUGGGCUUCAGAAUGGAUCGACUAUUCGCCAGGUGGAUAUGCUACUAUGACACACUACAGUCUUCCAGAAAAUUUCAUUGCAGCAUGCGGGUGUACAUCCACCAGCACAAAUUAUCCAACUGCUGCAAUGAAUCAAAUGGCAUAUGGCAGCAGUACAUCUUACGGCCCCGCUUGUGGACAAUGCUUUAAUCUCACCCUGUUAAAUUCUUUCCUUUCGAAUCCCCCUUUCUACCCCAAUGUUACAAAGUCAGUGGUCGUAAAAGUCACCGACUUAUGUCCACUAUCUCUUUCCGGCUGGUGUAAUGCAACUACUCAUGGACCGAACGCUGGUGGUCAUUACUUGAAUUUUGACCUCGCAUGGCCAUCAUCUUCGAUUCCAAAUGAUUUCUUUCCAUCAGAUGAACCACUUUAUGGUCAUACUGACUUUGGCGUCUGGAAUAUCAGUUACCAGUCGGUCUCCUGUACAAAUUGGGAGGGCUGGAAUCACGUUGCUGCUCUCGGGAGCGUAGCUAACUUAGGAUACAGCGCAUGCUGUCCUGACGAUCCAGCUGCAAGUACUAAUGAUACUUGUCCGUCGUAUUCUGACAACAAUGGCAUCCCACCUGACACGCAAACAUCUGGAUUCGUUAUAUCCCCGUCAAAUUCGCUCCUUCCUAUUAUCACGCUCGCUGUAUCGCUAUUAUCGCACAUGUUGUAAUUUCUUCCGUUGUCCGGCUUCGUGGUUUUCUUAGCAUACCCCGAACCCAUUGGGGUGAGCUCGUACAAAAACAAUGGCUACUCCAUACAACA